CGAAUUUUUUUGUUUUUACCCAGCGAUUUUCAUGAUAUCCGAUGGGUAUGGGGCGAUGUUAAAUGUCUAUUAUGUAGUAGUGGAACCUCAAUCAAUGUCACAAAAAGGUCAAACCAGCCCCAUCAAGUGUCAAACAAUGGCCACACAACUCCCUUCAAGAGUGUGCCACUGCCUAUGGAAUUGUCAAGUACACCAAAGCCUUCAGGUUACUGUCAUCAGCACCUCUGCCGACAAAAAACAAGAGGUCAUAGAACGUUUUGGUGUUGAUUCCUUCUUGAUCAGUUGUGACCUUGAACAAAUGCAGGCUACAAAGAGCACACUUGAUGGGAUAAUAGACACAGUUUCUGCAGUUCAUCCUCUUACGCCACUACUAAGCUUAUUGAAGAGCAAUGGUAAGCUUGUAUUGGUUGGUCUCCCGGAGAAACCCCUUGACUUGUUGGCGUUUCCCUUCAUCAUGGGUAUGGAUAUGGGCUGCUUGGUGGGGUUUUGGGCUGUUCCUGAGUGGCUGGAAAUGUUGGGGGAAGGAGGGAUGAAUGUGGGGAGGGUUGAGGUUGAGGGCCAAGAAGUGGGGGUGAAUCCAAACCAAGUCUCUGGGCUGAAAACUAGUGAAUUUUCUUCCUUUGUUGAUCCUGGUGCUAACUUUCUCAUUUACUACUUCAAUCUUCUCUCGAACCUUGUCGUGGAGCUCUUGAAUUUCCUUGGACCUUUUAUCAGCUGUCCAACUGUAUUGCUCUUUUCCUACGAUGGGAUCAAGCUCAAGUGGGGUGAGGGGGUUCGAGCCAAAUACCACCAUGAACGGGGAUAGUCCUGUGGUCUUGUUUGCGGUCUGGCCUUAUGGCCAUUGUAACACAACCUUUUGAAUAUUAAAAUCUUUUACUCUUUGAGUAUUAUUAAAAUAGUGUGAUGUUAUUUUAGCCAAAUUCCUAAUUCUAUAUCUUAAGAGUGGUUAUCUUAAGUGUGAGUUUUAGGUUCUAGAUAUUUGAUUAAGUGUGUCAUAUCUUAAUUAAAUUCUAGAUUCAAACCCCAAGUUAGGAUAAGAGUGUGUA